CAAAUAUGUGUGUAUGAAUAAAUUCAAUUCCAUGUAUGUUUAAAGGAAAUUUGACCUAAUUUUAACGAAAAAAAUAAUAUUACUAACCUCGAGGCUGUUGCAAACAAAUGAAUUUCGCGAAGACAAGUUUUCCCGCGCUUUUAUAAUUUUAAACAAAACUGGUAGAAAAAUCUGUAUUAAUGUCCCAAAUUCUUUACAUUAUUCUGCCAUAUUGCUUGUCGUAUGUUUAAAAUUGACAAAACAUCCGAAAAGGGUUGAAAAACCAUGAAAAAAGCCACGAUUCGCAACUAUCCAAUAGGUUCCAGUCCAAUAUCGUAAAAUAUUGGAUCGGCACGUGACCCUCUCAACGAUUACUGAUUGGUUAAGUGCGCGUGAGUGUAUAAUAAAAACACAAAUCAUCGCUGCGCCUCUUUGCUGAAAGGAACAAUAAACGAACUCGGAUAAGAACAUCGUUGAACAGUGGUUUAAACCGAUUUCACAAAUCCACACAAAAUACAAAACUGUAUAUUACAGUUAGUGGAAAAGAGAAAUACAAUCAUAUUAACGCGAGAUGUUCAAUGUUAUACCUCAAACUUUAUAGAAAGGACGAAUCAGGACGCAUUACCAGGGUUAAUAAAAUCCUUUUACGUCAGAAUAUAAUCCUAAAUAUGCGUACACCAGUAUCUAUUUUUGCCGAGCUAAUACUAUUUUUAUACCCCGAGUACGUAUUUUUUCCAAUGGUACCGACGAAUACCCGAAGUAUAACGCCCCUUCCUGCACGUUCCGUAUGGGCUCUAUUGUAUUCGGACGUCCACAAUGUAUUAAAGAUUACAACACCUUCCCACGGACGUUAUCAAUGAUAUUGCAUUGGUAGGCCAAAUGUAGACAUGCAUCAUUUGAUUAUACCAUAUCUGCGCAAUAUAGUCGCGUUUUAUUAUUUUUUCAUUAGCAUGUUACAAGUGAUUGUUCAGAAGGUAUCAGCAAGAAGAAAACGAAACACUGCAGAUCUUCCUGACCCGAUUCUUGGAUAUGACAAGGCGAAUUGUGAAGGAAAGUCAGAAUGUUAUUAUAUAACAGCCGAGUUGCCAAAUGAGGAAAAAGACUUUGUAGUUGGUGAUGGUAGAAUGUAUGGCAUUUAUAAGAACGCUCAACUUGAACCUGACACUAAAUAUAACAUUUAUGUCAGAGGACUUUCAUACAACAAUGAUAUUCCUAAGGUAGGUUAUUUCUGUCAGCAAAUAUACCGACAAUUGUCAUCAUUAAAUUAGAAGAUCUAAUCCAGCUAUAUACAUGACCUAUGAUGUAUGAUGUAUGUGCCGUAAACAAAACAUAUGUAUGGUACUGUAUCUAUAUUUCUCGUUUAUCAGUGAUCCACUGUAGCCUAGUGUAUUUCCCUAUCAUGCCGAUUCUAUUCAUUCACAGCCGCGAAAUUCUCUUUCUAAACUUUCUUUAUUUUUCUUACAGCAAGCUAAUUAUGGUGAGCCAUCUGCAGCAUUACAAAUAUCAACACCAGGUAUUGCAUUUAAAUACAAGUUUAAAACACAUGCAGAUUUGAAGAUUAUUGUUUCAUUUCAUUUUCACGAGGAUUUAAAAUUCUCCAUUUUAUACGACCAUGACCUUCUAAUUUAUCAGUUUAGAAACCUGCAGUAGAUUGAAGUGAACGCCUAUGUAGUUUUAACUCGCAGAGAAGUGCUUUAUAAUAGCAACUGGAGUCUUGCUGUUGCCUAGUACUGUAUGACCGUCGGCUUUUGGCAAAUCAAAAAUAUAUUCAUUACAUUAGUUUAUUACAUUAGCAAAUCGAUUAAUGGUAUAAACUGGAAUUAACAGACUACUAUUCUUAUUACGGAGAGAAUAUCCCGUAUCGUGCGGAGAGAGUAUCCCGUGUCGGAGGAACAAGCGAUUCAAAACAUAUCUUGCAGAUUGUCGCUCUUCGCUCAAACACUGACAGACGCAGCAAUCAUAUAUAACGUCAUUACUAAAAUCAUAGUUUAUAUUUUAUUCAAGUUCGAGCGACGAAUGAAGGGAGCAAUGGUAGCGUGGUUGGCAUUGCAGUUGGUUUGACUGUACUUUUUAUCGUGCUUAUUGUUCUCUCUCUGCUGGCAGUUAUUUAUUUCAGGUACAGCUUUCACAUUUCUCCAACUAUAAAUUUUUACAUUUUUGGAAUUAUUUUAAGCUUCCUGCUGCUCCUAUCUAUUUUUGUAGAACUAAUUAUUCGAUAAUUUUCAUGCUGAGCAAUGUGAUUUUGUCGGUGCGACGUUUUCACGUUUUCCGCAUUCGACGACAUAAAAUCACAUCGCUCAGAAGAUGACACUGUGCCUUUAAGAAGAUAUAUCUAUACAUUAUUGUCACAUAUUGUCAUAAUGUCAUGAACGACCUUUCUUUGGGUAGUCUACUUGUUUUCUUUCCAUUCACCUUCUGUAUUGUUACAUGUUUAAUUAUUAGUUAAGGGUUUAAUUUAUGAUAUUAGAGAGCACUACCUCUCGGAAACUUAACAAGCACUUGAUUGGUUUUUCGGGUAGAAUAAAUGCAUCUGAUUGGUUAAGCGUAGCGGAAGUGAAGUCAAAAUAUGAACCCCUCUAUCAUAGCAUGACAUAUUAGUUUCCCUGUGGAUUUGUGUUUUGUGGAAACGCCACAUUUAUAAUUAGCUAUUCCCCAAUCGAGCAGAGGACUGGGUCUAGUUGAUGUUUGGAGGGACAAUUAACAAUUAUUCGCCGAAGGCGAGGUGAUUAUCGGCGAAUAUUCGCCGAGACGAAGUCGAGGUGAAUAUUCCUCGAUAAUCACUGAGCCUGAGGCGAAUAAUUGUUUUAGUAUUUUUGUGUUUCUUGGGACUGAAUUUAUUUUAAUUUCGCUUAUUUCUUUAUCAGUAUAACGUCCACAAUACGGCUAGCCUCCAUUUUGAAAAUUUCGGUUUUGUUAUAUUCACCUGUAGGUGAAUAUAACAGCUUAAUACGUCAAAUUUGACCAAUCAACUUGUAGGAUUUGUUAUGUUCACUUGUGCAAAAAUACUAACAAGUUAUAGUGAGCGAGCUAAAUAUAUAUUAAAAGAUGCCUUAUUAUAAUUGUUGCAUUUCAGGCUGCACAAAUAACUUUAGGAAUGUAGGAAAACUACCUAGAUGGCAUAUUGUUUAUUUUUUCCCCUCCAAACAAGCGACUAGACCCAGUCCUCUGCUCACUUGGGAAAUGCUAAUUGUUUGCUCUGUUUUUCAAUAGAUUCUUGGGCAUGGGUAAAAGUCAGUUCCUCCAGGACAAUGAAAUAUUAAGUAAUGAUGAUUAUUUCUCGUUGUUUGAUAGAUCACGACGACCUAAAACAGUUGAAAUAGAUCCUGAGACUGGAGAGAAGAAAGGACGAAAGAAAAACAUUAAUUCAGAAUUACUGCCCUUGACAAGGAAAGGACAUGGUGAGUUUGAUUUUUUUUGAAAUAUGAAUAAGUGCCAUUUCAACCUCAUUUGACAAAUAUCAAAAAAGGUCAUUGCUUUUUGUGAUAUUUUUGUAAAUGGAAAUGGAACAGCUGAAAAAAUUAUAGUUAAAUAACUGUGUAACAGAUCUUGUUUUCCACCAUGAAAUUAAAGCAAGGCUAUAAAUUAAUUAAGUAAACUAAACAUUGCGUGGAAUUUAAGGCAACAAAAUUAAAAGAACUGAGAUUUGGAGCAACAAAAGAUAGAUGACUCGUAUGCAGUGCUGCUGCAUGGGGCAGGGGGCAUUUGUCCCUGAGCCCCACCUCCAAAGUGGCCCCCAAAGCGACGAAGUCCCUUAAGUCUCUUGACACACGAUUGCUUAACUGAGAAUAUAAAUCCUCGCCGUGUCAGUACCGGAAAGUGCAUUUACAUAUAUGAUGUAAUGGGGGAACACGGAACCCAUUACAUCAUAUUUUCAAAUAUAAAUAUGAUGUAAUGGGGGAACCCGGGAACGUUUUGCCUCGGGCCUCGCGCAACCUUUCGGCUGCCCAGGUCAAAUUUUGACAAGCUAAUAUCGUUGUUCCGCCACUGUGUGUAGUAUGGCAGUGCAUGUGGUUCAUAAUACUGACUGUAGUAAUUUCUUCUCUCAUUUAAUCAUCAACCACUGAGAACACUUUCAGUAAAAUGAAAUUGUACCAGUCUGAACCACUGAACUCAUUGUACAAAUAACAUACGGUCGAUAUCUUUCAUUUAGGGAAAAGGAAAAGUGGUCAAGUGGAAGAUGGUAUCCCAGAUCCAAAUCAUCCACCAGUCCCUACAGCUGGCUUUGCAAAGUAUGUCGGGAAGCUUCAUAAAUCAGAUGAUCGUGGAUUCAUGAUUCAGUACAAUGUAAGGAUUUUAUUUCAAUUUUUUUGUCGAUCAAGGAGUAGAAAGAUUUUCUGUCUGAACUUUUCCUCUGAAGCAAUUUUAAAUAUUUAAACUAGCAGGUCAAAUAAACCAUUAUUUUUCGGAGGAAAUUGUAUAUACCUCUUCUCAAAAAUGCCUCUUGUAAUAUCGAAACAUCAAUAUUUUCGGACGUCACUAAACGCUGCCUCAAAUCAGGUGCGAUCCCGAAAUGGGUUACACUAGUUCCCGGCGCGUUUUUGGAUGCAUGACGCGUACAGAACGCAAAUUGGAAUACAUUCGUAAGAGGUAAUAUCUGAGCAAUACUGCAUGUAAUUUAGUAGAGCUGUUCUCGUUGGCAACACUACUGAAUGUUUUACUCAAUAUAUUGGGGCGCCUAACACAUGGGUUAUUACGGACCGUUACAACUAUAAGAAUAUCGUGUUGCGCGGCUGCACGAGUCUUAAAGCUAAUAUAUACAUCUUAAUAUUUUAGACCUUGGAAACUAGUCAGACGUAUACCAGUGAAGUUGCUGCUUCUCCAGAAAAUAAGGAAAAGAACAGAUACGCUAAUAUUGUGGCUUGUGAGUAUUGUUGAUUUACAUUCGCUUUGCCGUAAUGAAUAUUAUUAUAUGGCUUUUCAAAAUUCUCUAUUCUGAUUGGUUGACAAGCGGUCCGUAAAAACCCAUAUCCGGACCGUGGUCCGUAUUUUCCGUAUCUGGUCCGGUGUCCCGGAUGUCGUUUAUCUGGCGGGAAAUUUUUGCUUUGCAAACAGAAAAUAUUUUUGCUUUGCAAACAGAAAAAAUUUUUGCUUUUUAAAUUUCCAAUUGUGCUUUACAGAUAAAAAUUUCAAACAACCAAAUUGUUUUUGAUUGAGCAUGCAUGCCUACCGUAUAUUGUUACCCAGUGAAACUGACGAUAGCCGAUUUAAUUCGCGCGAAAAGCAUAUGCUCACAGACUCAGUUCAGCCAUAUAAUAAACCGAUUAUUGACCUCGCUUGUUCGGUCUGUACUGUGAAAUAUCAAACCUCUGUUUUUUGCAUGGACCUCGCUCCUUCGUCGCUCGGUCCAUACUAAAAAACCUCGGUCUGAUAUUUCACAGUACAGACCUCACGCUCGCUCAAUAACCCUUUAUUAUUCGUUUGUUGAGCAUUAACCAUGGUUCACAAAUGGAAAAUUGUAAUCUUUGAGUCACUAAGUAUGUCUUCUGUAUCGUACUGCGGCUCAGCUCAAAGUUUCUUGUUCCUUGUUUUUUCCCAAACGACGACAGUCAUUAUAAGCCUUUACUGUGAUGUACGUGCAUCUCUAGGCUUGGUAGAUUGCAACUAGCGGCCGUCCAUUCAACUGGUGAGACGUGAGUGGUGAGCCAAAGGUUGUACAAAUACUGAAUUGUAAGUCCUAUAUCAGAGGAAUAGUUCUAGACUUUGCUAAGUUCUAAGUUCGUUAUAUCGUUAUAUCUUAUCAGUUGCAAUCUCGGGGUGAAAUAUUCUGGGUGGGAAUGUACUGUACGCCUCCUUCAUCUCACCCUCCAACCCGUUCUUCAAUCCUACCUUUUGCAGCUUUGGCUUCGAAUGCAACGAAAACCGCCUUGCUAAAUCUUAAAAUGAUGCUGUUAUUAUGUUCUGGUGUUACAAACUUGCAUUUCCACUUGUAAGCCGCACUAAUCUAGAUUUUGUGUUUUGUGUGCAUCUAUAGUCUAUUCAGGACUUCUCUCUUAAGCUAUUUGUGUAAUUCGUAGUUACUAAGGAUAGUUUUAAAGAUAAUUCAUGAAUCUGACGAGAGAGUGUUGGUAAACAUAACGGAUUGCAAUAGGUAUUCUUAGUGAAUGAUUUAUUAGAAAGAAAAUUAUCGUUUAGAUGAUGUUUCCAGAGUUCAUAUGAAACAGAUUGACGAUGAUGACAAUUCAAGUUACAUCAAUGCUUCUUUAGUAGAUGUAAGUUCUAAUUUUCACUUCCUUAUUCAGUUCCACCCAGAAUCUUCAACUAAUAUCUAAAAGAAGAUAUAAAAACGAAAGUGUGUUUUUCUGUUCUGGGCAUAUUACUUGACAUUGUUAAUAUAAUUUUAACAUAUUUCUUUAUUUUAGGGAUACAACUCGGCUAAUGCAUAUAUAGCCACUCAAGGUAUUGAGGAAAUAUGAUAUCUUUAUGUUUUAACUUCAAUAACUGAACAUACGGUAUACUGGCAGUUCGUUUUCACGUGACAACGCAAUAUCAUAAAAUUAUCAUUAAUUACGAGUAUUAAUAAAAAAUGUUCCGUCGAUACAAUUAUUUCUCCAUAAAUGUUUGAAAAAUAUAUUGUUGACGUCAGGAUUAUUUUCAAAGACGGUUGAAGCUAUGUUACACACGUAUUUAUCAUUAAGUUUGGAAGACAAGUAUACCUUCUAAUCCAACCUUAAAAAGCAUGAUAUAUAACAUCCAACUUUGUAAAAUAGAAAUUUUAGAAUUUUCUGACGUCAUGUGAAAACGAUCUAUUGAUGAUGUCGAAAUAAUCGUGUAUUUGUUUUCUCUAGGGCCACUUCCUAGCACAUUUAACGAUUUUUGGCGAAUGGUAUGGGAGAAGAAUUGUUCAUCCAUUGUUAUGCUUACUAAUCUUCAAGAAAGACACAAGGUAUUAGGAUUUCGCUUUUUCAUAUUUUUGAGAAAGAAUGCAAUAUUUUGAAAAACUACGGUAUAUAAUGGAAAUACAGGAGAAUUAAUCGUGUUUAUUUCGAUGUCUUCGCCACGAUGAUCGUUUGUUUUAUUUUUACUGUUCGUCUUUGACUCGCGGUAUUUUAAAUUAGCUGGGUUUUUCCCCUCACUAUUAGAACUUGUGCAAAUGUUGAGUUGUUUUCUUUUUGUUGGGGGAGGGUGUGGUGUUGUUUAAAUGUGUCUUUUUGUUCCUGAUUUAUGCCACAGGUUAGUGUUUUAGUGUGGGUGGUCCAGUGUAAUGUUUUCAACAUAAUUAAUGCUUAUAACAUAAUUAUAAUUGUCGUGUACUCUACUUGACUACUUCCCCUCCCUGUAAUCCUAACUAUAAUUGAAAACAAAACUAUAAACAUUCUUUAUUUGUUCGUUUAGUUGAAAUGUCAUAAAUACUGGCCUGAAGAGUCAGAGACGUAUGGUCAGAUCACUGUGACAGCGACACGAAGAGAACAGUAUGCUGAUUAUGUGAUUCGAACCUUCCUUUUGAAGAUAGUACGUGAAAAUGUAGGAAGCGAUCCAACCUUUACGCGGCGAAUUAUAUUUCACUAACCAAUCAAUCAAUCAUAUUGUUUGAAUUUGUUUUUUCUUUUCUUUUGGAUACUUAUCUCGUACGUAUGAUCCAGACUUUGGACUUAUACUUAUUCUGAUUGCGUAGUAAAGGGGGGCCGUAAAGAGAAUCAUUAUAACAUUGCGAAAAUGUUUUUUAUUCAAAUGACUUGACUUGUUUGUAUCAUAUAUCGAAGUUAACCAUUGCAAACGUGUAUAUCAGGCUAUAUCAAAUUUUAACAUUUUUGAUCAUUUAUAAAUGCAAUCUUGUGCUUCAUGCUGUUCUUGAUUUUUCUAGAGUGAAACAGAAGAAGAACGUGAGAUCAAGCAAUUCCAUUUCACCGUGUGGCCAGAUCAUGGAGUGCCCGAAUAUCCGACAGCUAUUCUCGCUUUCCAGAGACGUGUACGUGCUUAUAGUACUCGUGAUUCUGGACCAUUAGCCGUACAUUGCAGGUAGUUGUCAAGACACUGUCAAGUCUGUUCUUCAAGUUCGCCGAUGAUAUUUGUGUUGUACCGUAUAAUCCUUUUUGAUGUUUUUUGCACCAGUGCAGGGCCUUUUGAAAGGACUUUCCCGGGGGGGGGGGUGAUUUCGUGGGAAGGGGGGACUGUAGUGUAAGUCGACUCGUGUACAAAGGCCCGUUUACAAAUGGGCCUCUUCAGUUUCGUAAUUUCCAUUUCAGGUCAUGUGAUUUAUACUUUUUUCACCCUUUGACUUCAUGCAUUUUUCAUUCAUAUUCAAAUAUAGAAUGCAUAAAGACAAAAAAGUAUUAAAAAAUGUACACAUCACAUACGAAGCUGAAGAGGCCCAUUGCAAUGUUAAAAAAGUUGGGUUUACAUGGUCAAAAAUAUCCUAAAUGAGGCUGGAAAAGCCAACAUCACAGUCUAGCUAUGUGUAAUAAUUUAUAAUUUUAUAUCUUUCACCUUUCUAUGUUAUAGUGCUGGUGUUGGUCGUUCUGGUACAUUCAUUGUAAUUGAUUGUAUGUUGGCUCGAAUACAAAGUGAACAGACUAUCGAUAUAUAUAACUAUGUGAGAUAUCUGAGAACGAGAAGAAUGUUCAUGGUCCAAACUGAGGUAAUACUACAGAUCACCAUGUUCUCGUAAACGAAAAAUACUACUCCUUGAUCUUACUCGCUUAUUUCCAAAUAUUUACAACAGAAUUUAUUCGACAAAGGCCUAAUAAUUAUCGAAAAAAGGAAUUUAUUCCUGCUCGACGGCCUUGGCCAUUUCGAAUAUUUUGUUCAAAUUCGGUUAUACAAGCUCCUAUUCUCCUUUAUUAUUAAAAUUUUCGCGAAUCUGAACGAGAUCGAGGCUAGAAAUUAAAACUUUACUAGGAUCACAUUGUCAGCCUCAAAUUCAAGCUAUUGUUUUGAGUGCAAAUUCGCGAAGUGUCUACCCAAGGUUUCCAACAGAAUUUUGAGUAGGAGGCGUUUUGAAAGUAGUGGGUAGUGGGGGGGGGGGGUCUAUGGUGGUGGAGGUACCGUCCACCUAGGGGGUCCGAAAUCUUUUGUGAAGGUUUUGAAAUUUAGACCCGUUGCAAUGGUAUUUCCAGCCAUUUUGGAGAGUUAUUUUGGAGAUUUCGUCAUAUUAUACCCAAAAGUUCAAAAUAUGAAACAUUCUUCACAUUUCUCUGGUAAGAAGGAAGUAAUUUCGCGAAACAACCAGCGAUUGUCUACGUCAUACUAUUGUGCUUAUAUUGAGGACGCUACUGUUGAACUCUAUCCUUUAGUUUAGGACUAAUGCAUUCUAACAUUGAAUACCAUUCAAUAUUUUUAAUUCUUCUGUGUUUUAGGAGCAGUAUGUGUUUUGCCAUGAUGCUCUCUUAGAAUCUAUUUUGUGCGGUAAUACACAAAUGGCCGCGCAUAAUUUACGUAUAGAGAUGAACAAAUUAAGACAAAGAGAUGCAACAACGAAAUUGACUGGCUUUGAAUCCGAAUUUAAGGUAAAUAGUUACUAUACCUGAGGAUUCAUCAUGUAAAAAUUUGAGUACUACUGUUGAUCUUUUAUAUACAUCCUACCAACGUAGAUUAUGUUAAUUUUUUUAGUGUUGACUAUAGCAUUUCGUUUUUCAGCUAAUCGUGUAUUUUUCUUUCUAGAUAUUGAAUAAAGUCAGUCCUUCUUUACCAAAGGAAUCAUUUGUUGUUGCGUCCUACCCAGAAAAUGUUUCUAAGAAUCGUAACCAAGACAUUCUUGCCUGUGAGUAAACUAUUAUUUCAAGGUGUACUUCAAUUCCGAUUCACUGCAUCGUGACUGGAUGGCACCAUUGUUAUCCUAUGUGUUGUGCAAAGGGUGCAUUAUUUGGAAUCUAGCUACACACGCAUCUUGUGUUUCCUAUAAUCAUGCCACAAAUUUACAGAAAAGUUUAAACCAUUAUUGUGAAUGUAUAGUUGUAAGAAAAUACUGUUUUUCCAUGCUGAAAAAGUCGCCAGAAAACGACUCAAUUCAGGAAUUUCAGUUUGUUGUAAAAUAUAGACAAUCCCUACAAAACGAUAACUUCCUAACAUGUACAACUUAUGCUCAUUGUACUACUGUAAUCAUGUUUUGAUUGCGUUUUCUUUUGCACAGCUGAUCAUGGUCGAGUCAUUUUGGGUGGCGAUGACGACAAGGAAGAAGGCCCUUAUAUCAAUGCAGUUUAUCUUGAUGUAAGAAAUUAUGCUCAGUUUUUUAUCAUACUUUUUUUUCUGGGUUCAAGUAGGUCUAAUAGUUUAUGCCCCCGCGGUCGUUUAGACUGGAGGCAGGGAGAUGUCAUGUCACUAUCGACAAUAGUUCUUUAUAGUGUGAUGACUUGACGUCUAAUCACGAAUGAAUUCGACUAUAUAUAAAUAUAAAAUUAAUGUAUUUUAUAAGUUUGACUUUAUAAUCUCAUUAAUAAUUUAUGAUGAAAUUAGCCAACCAUAUAACUUUAUUUUGCUCACAUGAUGAUCCUAGAUACCUGCAUGGUGAAGUAUAUUGAUUCAUUUUUACGACUGGAUAAAAAUGACUUUAGUCCUAGGACUGGAUCAGGAUUUUGUUUCCCACAUUUUGGUGGUUGCUCUUACUUGUUCUUUUAUAACCUCGUCCUUACAUUUUAUAUACUAGCUAGUAUAAUUUUUAUUUAUACUAGGUAUAGUAUAAUUUCCUGCUGUAAAGUAUCAAAAUGUUUCACAAAUUAUUUGGCAUGGCAAAAUUUCCAUCCUUAAGAAGAUAUAAGUAGAUAUAUGAUGAUUAUUGCAUGGUUAUUGCAUUAAGUUUGUAAUCCUAACUGCAUGUUUCAUUUUUAGGGUUACAAGCAACAAAAUGCGUUCAUUUUAACUGAAGCUCCACUGAAAGAUACAAUUAAAGUGUUCUGGCAAAUGUUGUAUGAAAAACAUUCUGCUUGUGUUCUUCUUUUGACCAAUCUCACAGAGGAAGAAGGCGUAAGUUCCACUUGAAAAUUACCAUCAGUUUAUUUUGGAGGUUUAGAUCGGUAUAGGCCGGUCGUCAGUACUCGUAAGUCCAUUUGUCAUAAGUUAAUUUUAACACCCUCGUACCCAGAAUACCUUCCUUAUGAGAAAAUACUCAUUUUGGGCAUUGAAGAGAGGAGUGCAAAGCUGUGUAAAUCUGGCAAUUUUGUAAUAAGUGAUAACUACGGUCCAGGAUUUACGACAGCUGUCAAAAUAACUGUCAAAACAUGAAUUAUGGGAAGCCUAGCCAUAGCACAACACUGUUGUGUCUGUACUCGCAUAUAGGGAAAGUACUCUGUUGCCAUUUACACGUGAACAUCGAGUGAUUAAUUCUCCAUGAUUAGUUCGCGUUUGGGUAAUAAAAUACAGAGUCAAACCUAUAAUAGUUUUGUUUGUGGAAACACUUUUAUUACUGCAAAGCUUUCGAUCCGUAAACCCGGAUUUGUUGUGAACCAAGUUAGUUCUGCUUAAAGAACACGUUUAGGCAAAUUUAUUAAUUUUUAUCUUGAAUACAGGAUUUCCCUCAGUUCUGGCCUGAUGAAGGAUCUGAGGAAUAUGAAACGUUCAGCGUUGAGCUGGUGUCAGAUGCAUCAAAAGGUGAUACUGGAAGUGAAGAUCAAUUUCAACAAGAGAAACUGAGUGAAGAUAUCGUAGAAAGAAAAUUCAAGUUAACCAAGGUGUGUGGGAGAUCUUUUGACCGUAUUCUCUGAUUCGGGUUUAAUAGCUCUUUUUUGUACACCUAUUUGUAAGCACUUGCAUGCCCGUUAUGUUGCUUUUGAUUAUUGUUAAUAAUUAACAUUUGCAAAAGCUUUAUUUAUCUCAUGAAAAUAAUUUUUCCAAGGAGGAAGACAAGUCGCUGGCAGUUAAAAUGUUUCAACAUCUUUCAUGGACAGAAACAUCAGUUCCCACAGAUAUUUCUGAAAUUAUCUCCUUGAUCCAGCGUAUUGAAAAAUGGCAACAGCAUUCUGGCAAUGGUCCCAUAACCAUUGUUUGCAAGUACGUUAUUUUUGCGUCAUACUUCAUAUGGCAUGUCUAUUAGUAUUUAUUUGAUUAAACUUUACUGCAUUCGAAAGUUAUAUUUAACAAACAUAAACUAUAUGUAAGAAAGGAAUAGAAACGAACUGAAAUGACCAACUGAAAUGACAAAAUUAAAUUAAAAUUAGCCUAGUACCAGGCCUUCCCGUGUGACUGAAUUGGUUGCAAAAUCAUUGUUAAGGCCGAUUUGCACUACACAUGCACAAUUUUUUCCUAAAACUGCUAAACAACGUAGUUGAGUUGUGUGCUUGAUUUACACAGUACAACUGUAGUUGUAAGCAGGUUGCAUGCGACAGGUUUAAGCAAAAGUUGUGUAGUGUAAAGCCCAGGACAUACUGCACAACGAUAACGAUGCGAUAACUUGUAAACACGUGAUGAUUGGUAAAACGAUAAAAUUAUUGUUUGACGAUAACGAUAUCGUUUGACGAUAAAUUAUCGUUUGAUGAUAACGAACUUGAUGAAAAGCUAUACGUUGGGAAACCAUGUAGACUUUAUAUGUAAAAAGGCUGGGGCCGGCAUUGGAAUUAUGAAAAGGGUAAAAUAAUUUGUACCAUAUGAAUCCUUACAAAGAAUAUAUAAUUCUCUGGCACUGCCAUAUUUUGAUUAUUGCUCACCGUUAUGGGAUAUUGCUGUGGAAGUUGGUUGAAAGAGAAACUGCAAAGCAAGAAUUAUGACAGGGGUCAACUAAGUCAUCCGAUUUGCCCGAAGCCUUGUCAUGAAAAAAUCUCAACCAUAGACAUAAAUUAAAUAAAUCUGUUUUGGUUUAUAAAAUACUGAACAACCACUCUGCCCCUAAUCUACGAGAUAAUUUAUUCCAAGAAGUGAAAAUAAUCUUAGAAAUGCCUGCACCAAUCUUACAAUAGCUGUAGGCCUGAUACAGAUUAUCUCAAAAAAGGUUUAUGUAUAGUGGGGCUGUGUUAUGUAAAACAGUUUGCCAGUUUGUCAAUUGGUGAUGCCUUGAAAAAACUAAUCAGCUAUUAGGCAUUGAGUCAGGUAUCUUCUUUCUACGAUAUUUACAAUUUUAUGACAUUUGUAUUAAUUUAGAUUUAGAUUAGUGUGUUUAUUUGUUGUAACAGUCUUAGCGUGACGGCGCUCAUGAAAAUCAUCUUGUAGAUGAUUGAAGGUAGCGUGGUAAAAUAAAGUUUUAAAUACUAGUUAAAACAUGAGCAGCCGAUCUUUAUCUGAUAUACAAACUCGAGCCGAAGGCGAGAGUUUGUAUAUCAGAUAAAGAUCGGAUGCGUUGUUUUAACGUGCUUAAUGUAAAAAACGACCCAUCUUCUGAGUUCAUUGGCGAAGUAAUUUUAAAAUCAUUCUUUUGUAUUUUCCUCAUGAAUUAUUAAUGAGUUUUUAAAUAAUAAUAAUAACGAUUUUAAAAUCGCUCACCCAAGUCUGAUGAUAACGAUAAAUUUUUUGACCAAUCAGCGCGCGUUACAAGUUAUCGUUGUACUAGACUUGCUCCAAGUCUCUCUUUCAUUGUCAUAUAGUAUCGAUCCACUAUAGUGUACAUUACAUGACGUAGCACGGAGGGGCGGAGCGAGAAAGAGAGACUUGCCAACUUCGGAAAAUUUCGGUUCAAAACUGAACCGAAAAUGCAAGACUUGCUUUAAUUGUUUUCUGUCAGUGUUUAUAUGUAUUGAUCUAGCAAAUAAUACAGAAAGAAAUUGAAGGAAAACAAUUAAAGCAAGUCUUGCAUUUUCGGUUCAGUUUUGAACCGAGAUUUUCCGAAGUUGACAAUUGAGUCUCUUUCUCGCUCCGCCCCUCCGUGCUACGUCAUGUAAUGUACACUAUAGUGGAUCGAUACUAUAUGACAAGGAAAGACAGACUUGGAGCAAGUCUAUCGUUGUACAUGCAGUGUGACCGCCCACGCGGGCCUUAAAUCGGCCUAUAGGCUUUACACAGUUGAUCAUCUGUCAUUCAAAGGCUUUUGGAAAUUAUUGGAAUGGGGCGGGACCCACGCCCCUAGUGUCCAUCACUGGUGCUUAUUACAAAGUUUUAACAGAAUCUUCGUUUCUAUAUAGCGAUGGCCAAGGUCGAAGUGGAACUUUUGCCGCUUUGUGUUCAGUGUUAGAAAGAGUAAAGACAGAACAGGUUGUUGAUGUUUUCCAAACUGUUAAAGCAUUACGUAUCCAAAGACCUGGCCUCGUCAAGGAUGUGGUAUGUUAUGAAAUAUUGCCGUUUGUUAUAAGCUAAUGUCGACGCCUUCUUAGUCGGAAUAAAACUGCAGUUGAAUUAUCAAUUCAUAAAACGUAGCUGAGGUUUGAAGAAUUCCAAUUAAGUACAAAUCCUUUGUUCAAACAGUUAUCUUGUUUUUUUCUCUCGACGGUGAUCAUUUUCCAAAACAUACAAUUUACUCGUUACAAUUGUUGAAAUCAAAUUUACAUUAAGGCGCUUUUACAUGGUUAUAACGAGUAAUGAGUUCUUUGUAUGUUUGCAUGGCGAUAAAACAUAUAACACUUUUGUUUGUGGAACUGACCACGUAAAUUUAUUACGUGGUGUUUCCACAAACAAAAGUGUUAUAUGUUUUAUGGUUUUAUCGCUAUGCAAACCUACGAAGAACUUAUUACUCGUUAUAAUAACGAUGUACAAAGAACUUAUUACUCGUUAUAACGAUAUAAAAGCGCCUUAAUGUUUAUUUAGACCUAAAAUUUGAUUUCAACAAGUGUUUUCACCAUAGCGGUGCCAGCAAUUACGGAAGGGUAUACAUCACUGUCGAAAAAUCCCAUAAUUUGCCAAAAAAUUUACUUAAUUUUAGACAAAAUUGACAGAAUUUGUCCCAUUUUUUUUAUUGCAAACCAAAAUUGCCCGACUGUUGAUCGAAUAUUGCCCGACUGCCCAAAAAACUGGGGGGCGGUAGCCCCCCCCCCCCCCCCCGCCCGGUACGCCUAUGAGACUAAUGUUCCUCCGUGCGAGCUCCGAGUGCAUAGAUCAGAUAGAUCAGGCAUUACUGCAUGAGGUGUACAUACUGCAUGUGUACUUAAGUCUGUUAAAGUAUUUAUACUGACCACCGUUGAAUUCUCUCUGUUUAGGACCAAUAUCAGUUUAUUCACUUUGGAGUUCAGGACUAUUUGGACAGUUUUGCAGAUUAUGCCAAUUUCAAAUGAGCAACAAUCACAAUAUCAAUAAAGUGUGCACCUUAAUUAACAAGAGUGCAGUACGAAAUAAUUGGGUAAAAUGUAUUCAUUAUAUUACUUGGUUUGUAAAUGUAAAGAAUUAGUGUAGUAUACAAUAUUUUACCAACACUUUUAGUUUAGAAAUAUUUGAAAUAAAUAUAUACAUAUAACUGAUUUGUUUUCCUACAUUUUUCUACAGUAUAAACAGGCGGUUAUGUUGAGGCUUAAUUGAUUGUACGUAUAUCAUCUUACCAACUACAUUCAAAGAUUGCCUGUCAUGCAUUAAUGUGGGAAAAUAAGUCUAUACUGCUAUAGAUACUAGAUAGGUCAUAUUAUUAAAGUAGUUGCUAGCCUAGCUUGUAUAUAAAAAAUGAUCUAAAAAUAAUGCAAUAAUUUCUUAUUAAAUUUUUAAAAAUAAUUAAUUCUGUUGGAUG